GCCGGCUCGGCUUUGGGCUGUGCGGGAGGAGGGAUCGGGUCCGGCGGACUGAGGGUGUGAGCCCCGAGGCCACCAUGAGUGGUUCACAGAGCAAUGACACUAAAAGGCAGUUUCUUCUAGAACGGCUACUGGAUGCAGUUAAACAGUGCCAGAUACGGUUUGGAGGAAGAAAAGAAAUUGCUUCAGACUCUGAUAGCAGAGUCACUUGUUUGUGUGCUCAGUUUGAAGCUGUAUUACAGCAUGGUCUGAGAAGGAGUAGGGGGUUGGCAUUAACAGCGGCAGCGAUCAAACAGGCAGCAGGUUUCUCCAGUAAAACUGAGACAGAGCCUGUGUUUUGGUAUUAUGUGAAAGAAGUCCUGAAUAAACAUGAACUGCAGCGCUUUUACUCUCUGAAGACAAUUACUACAGAUAUUGGUAGAGGCCGGGCUUGGUUGCGCUGUGCGUUAAAUGAGCAUUCCCUGGAAAGAUAUGUUCAUAUGCUGCUUGCAGAUAAGGCUCGUCUCAGUGUCUUCUAUGAAGACUGGUCUUUUAUGAUGGAUGAAGAACGCUCUAGUAUGAUCCCUACGAUGGCAGCUGGUCUGAACUCCAUUCUUUUUGCCAUCAACAUUGAUAACAAGGAUUUAAAUGGGCAAAGCAAGUGCACACCUACUGUGUCUGAUUUGUUAAAGGAAUCAACACAAAAUGUAACUUCAUUAUUGAAAGAAUCCACCCAGGGUGUUAGCAGCCUUCUUAGAGAGAUAACUGCAUCGUCUCCUGUCUCGAUUCUAAUAAAACCUGAUCAAGACACUGACCCACUUCCUGUUCUUUCAAGGAAUGUAAAUGCUGAUUUGAAAUACAAAAAAGAUCGAAAAAAAAAGAAGAGAGUGACAAAUAUUAUCUCAUUUGAUGAAGAAGAUGAUGAGCAAAAUUUGGGGGAUGCCACAAAGGCACUGAUUACAGGAGAAAGCUCAGAGGAGAGUGUUGACCGUUCUUCAGGUUUUGCAUUACCUUCAUCUGAAAGCACCCUUGGAAAAAAAUUGAAUGGGAGUGAAAGUAACCAUUCAUGGAAGAGCAAUUCAGUGUUCAUGAAUGGCGAGUAUGAGUACCAGAAACUAGAUGUGAAGAGCAUUGAUGAUGAAGAUGCAGAUGAGGAUGAGCUAUAUGGAAAGACAUUAGGAAAGAAAGGCACAGAAGGUGAAACUGAAGCUUCUGAGAAGCCUCAUGUAAUAGGCACAUGCAGUUCUCAGAUCUGCAGUUGGAGUCCUCUACAAGUCCUGAAUGAUGACUCAGAUGUUCUGUUUCCUGUCAGUGCCAUUGGCUCUUACUCCCAAACAGAUAACUUGGAGAAUGGAGAGGUGAAUGAACAUGUUCAUGCGGUAGAACUGGCUCCAAGAGGAUCUGAUCUUCCUUACAGAGUGGAAGUCAGUCCUCCAGCUCAAGUGAAUACUUUAAGCAGUAUGUUGCCUUCAGCCACGGUGCCAGAAUCCAUGACAAUUAAUGAACUUCGUCAAGCUAUUAUGGCCAUGAUGAAUAGGAAGGAUGAGCUGGAAGAACAGAAUAGAUCUCUGAGAAAUCUGCUUGAUGGAGAGAUGGAACAUUGUGCAGCCCUGAGACAGGAAGUGGACAACUGGAGAAGGAAAGUAGCAGAACAGGAAGAGCGACAUGCCAUGAAAGUUCAAGCCUUGGCACGAGAAAAUGAGGUGCUAAAAGUGCAGCUUAAGAAGUAUGUAGGAGCUGUCCAGAUGCUCAGAAGAGAAGGUCAAACAGUGGAAGUUCUGCCAAAUAUUUGGAGCAGUGAUGGAGAAAUUCCUAUCCCAGAGCAAAAGCAAGUGGAAAACACUGAGGAACUGGCCAGCUCUUAUGAAAGAAAAUUGAUAGAGGUAGCUGAAAUGCACGGGGAACUGAUUGAAUUCAAUGAGAGACUGCAUCGUGCGCUGAUGGCUAAAGAAGCUCUUGUGUCCCAGAUGAGGCAGGAACUAAUUGAUCUGAGAGGGCCAGUCCCUGGAGAUUUGAGUCAAACAUCUGAAGAUCAGAGUUUGUCAGAUUUUGAAAUAUCAAACCGUGCUCUUAUUAAUGUUUGGAUUCCCUCAGUCUUUCUGCGUGGAAAAGCUGCUAAUGCAUUCCAUGUUUAUCAGGUUUAUAUUAGGAUAAAGGAUGAUGAAUGGAAUGUUUAUCGAAGAUAUGCAGAGUUCAGAAGUUUGCAUCAUAAAUUGCAGAAUAAAUACCAACAAGUGAGGACUUUUAACUUUCCACCAAAAAAGGCCAUUGGAAACAAGGAUGCAAAGUUUGUAGAAGAACGACGCAAGCAGCUACAAAAUUACCUAAGGAAUGUAAUGAACAAAAUUAUUCAGACUGUGCCAGAAUUCACAGCCAACCCCAAAAAAGAGACUCUUAUUCAGCUGAUACCCUUUUUUGUUGAUAUUCCACCUUCUGGAGAAGCAGUAAGCAAAAGCAACCGCUCAAGAGUGGCCACACGCUUCCCCAGACUAUCUCGCAGCCAUCAAAGGGAGCCACGAAACUUGGAACCUCAGAGUGGUGAUCUCUGACCCUCUUUCAGAACUGUAAAUACAGGCACCAUGUACUUUAAGUUGUUCUACGAUUCCUUCCUAGCCUAUAUUUAUAAUUUAAGCUCCUGAAGAGACUACAGCUGCAUCAACUUAAAACCUGAAAGGAAACAUUUAUUACUAAGGGUCAUAUCCUGAUUAACUACUUUGGAAGGCAGUAAUCACUUUCUCAAAAGAAUAUGAGAGCUCUUCAUGAGAGCUCGGCAAACUGAGAGGCAUUUUCUUUGUUUUGUAAAGCUGCAUUGCACAUAUUUUCCUUUGUUAUUCUGAAGUUUUCCUGUUACUAUGAAUUCCAUGUUUGUACUGCAUUUUCUUUCUACAUGUACAUUUUUCUGUUUCAGAGAGAUGUGGGUAUCAUGUCAAGACAAUUAUGAAUUUUCCUUAGAAGGAUAGUUAUGAUUAUCACUGCUCAAUAUGUCAGAAGGCUGUGGUUAAAAGAACCUCACUAAUUUAUUACCUUUUGUAAAUAGAAAGACUGGGUUGUUUUUUUUUUUUAAUUGUCAAUCUCUGACACUCAUAAAGGUUUUUUAAAAACUUGACAAAGUAGCUGACAAGGGAAAAACAUUACAGGUGGAAAAAUAUCUUUUGUACAUUUCUAGUUAGAUACUCUUAAUAGCUUUCAUCUGUGGGAAGUAGUUAUUAAAAAUCAGAGAAUGUAAUAACUCUUUAGUGACAUUUCAGCCUUGCUCUAAGGUUGGGUGCAGUAGUAUUGAUUUUUACAAGCCACCAGAAGGAUACACAAAAUUAGCAUGGUUCAAAAUAGUGUUUUCAAGUCUUGGGUCACAUUUUGUUAUUAAUUUGUUGCUGAGAUUACAGAACAGUCCAUUGUUAAAAGGGAAUGUAGAAUUCUUCCUCUGGUUUUGUGAAACUCUUCACAUGGCGAUACUUAAAAAUUGCCUGUAAUGAAAGUGCCUGUUACCCAUCACCUCUUAUUGAAAAGUAGUUUGUAAUUGCACUACUACUGUAAGAGCAACUAAAAAAAAAUGACAAGAAUUAUUACAAGUGAUGGAAGUCCUGACAUGGAUUAACUGGAAUCCAGUUCAGUACCCAUUAGCUGCACUGCCGUAGGCAGUUAAUUAUAUGUUAGCUAUCUUCUUCUCUUCAUUAAGUUGAAGCAGUGCACAUUCACAUUUUCUAUCAAUUGUAUUCUGGUUUUCCUUUGUGUGAGAACAUCUUUCUCCUCAGAAGUUUUUUUGGAUAAUGUUACUUAAAUUGAUGUAUCUUGUCAUUUUAUUAUCCAUUCAUUAUAUUAAAUUCUCACGUCAGUUGAUAUUGAAAUCUACUAUUACCCUGCAGAAAAAAAACAAGCUGAUGAUUAAUAAUAGAUUUUUUUUUUCACAAUGGUGCUUUUCUGAAGUUCUAGCAAACUGGAGCUUCUGUUCUGCAAACCUAUGACCAUCAUGUAUUGUUUAGUCAGGUAGGUGGUCCAGUCAUUUUCAUUGACUCUUGUGGAGUGAGAGGGGUUUGUUACCCACAGAGACUGGUAUCAGUGGACCUGUUCCUGAGUAUGAGUCCCAGAGCUGGAUUCGUACCAUUGCAAUGUGUAGCUUGCAGAUUGCACUGAAUAGCAGAAUGGAAUUCAGUCUUACUGGUGGUGUGAACUACAGUGGAACGUUUCUCUAAGAAAAAGGGAAGUGAGUGGCUUGUUGGUUCAUGCUUCUGCAGACUGUGAUACGCUGCUGAUAGCUUAGUUUGUUGAAAGGUAGCUGUAAUGGUGGUCCCACUUUGAAAAAGUUCUAAGUUAGUUUUUCAGAAAAUGGAGGCUUAGUUGAUAGAAAUAUGACUUGCAUCUAUUAACACUGAAUUCCAGGUAAAUGGACAGGAAACACCGUGUGGAAAUCUUUGUGAUGUAUCUGUGAAGGUGCAUUCAUUUUCUGGAAGUAAUUCACAAGUUAAAGUACUCCUUAAGCAGAAAGUUGGAAAUGGUAAGAAAUCUUACUUAGCACAGACUAAAUUUUAAUUUUUUUUUUGUAGUUGCUUAGAAGGAUUUUUUUUUGUAUCUACAUUUGGCUCUUACAAUGAUUUCAUUCCUGAUUAUCUUGUAAUUUUUAAGGUAUGUAGUUCACACAAAAAUACUAAACUUGUUUACUGACAACAAAGCGAUGUUAGCGUUAGCUGCGUUCUGUAUCGGCUCCUAAGAUUACAAACGAUGCAAACAAUGUUCACUUUGUGAUACAAGAUAACAUACUGAGUGCAUUACUAAUCCAUUUAAAAGCUUAUCUGUGGUUCCUCUAGAAUCCCAGAAAAUUAUUAAAGCCUUCCUUCUCAAGAUAACCACUUCAGACACCUGAUUAUUUUGAAGAUCAGUGAGGUCCUUGCAUGACUCCAAAGGGAUGCCUAGCGAUAUGAAUACACAAAGUUUUAUCAUCUCAAGUCAUUCUAAAAUGCCCUGUCUUUGAGAGAACUGUAUCUAUCAUGAACACCAUUUCUGUUUAGUUACCAGAAUCAGCAAAGGCUGUUGAAGAAGGUUGACCAGCUGGUAUGAAAAAUGCCAUAUUGCUCUUAUAAAAUACCACUUAAGUGUAACAAUAAUUCCAGCAAUUGACUGAUUUGAUCAGUUUAUUCUGUCACCUAAUUUCCAUGCACGUAGUUACAGUAUUUGUGCAAAUCUGAUGUUCUUUGCUACUGACUAAUAGCUCUUAAAUCCUUGUAUGUUGUUAGUGGCCAGUGCAGAAUGAGCUGAUGGGUUUGGGCUCCCUCGAGCAGUGCUGUCACACAGAGCGGAGGAUUUGGGACACAUUAGUUCCUAGGGUUGUUGCUGCAAGCCUCAGGCUACAGUUUGGUGUGAGGUAGUGUAGAGGAAUCUGUAAUAUCAUUAACUUCCAUUUCAUUACUGGUUUAUCUUUAGACAUACUAGGUCUCUUAGGACUGCUCAUCUGGAACAUUUAGGGAGUAUUCAAAAUUAAUUGUAAAAGUAAGUGGUGCUGCUUUUGUUUUAAUGCCAUUCUCCAAUCAAAUGCAAGACAAACAAUUUCCUACAAAAUAUAGGACAGGCAAGAUUCUUCCAACUUCUGCAGAUGUGAUGGCCCAUCAGUAUUCAUUACAUAUUGACUAUAGGUUCUCAGAAUCUCAUUUCUUCGGAGAUUCUGUCAUCAAUUACAGAGAAUGCAUUGAAUUGACUUGGCUUCUGCAUUAAAUCAAACUUCUCAGUAAUAAUGAUAAAUUUCUGAGGUUUAUUUGAGACAAGGAAUUGAUGUAGUUAUAAAGGCUUAAAUUGAUAUGUCCUUUAAGUCACAUAUUCUUGGGAAGAAUAAUAAUUCCAAAGCCAGUCUUUUUAUGAAAGGUAUUGUUGAUGUUAUAGUUGUAAUCAAAUGAUGCUAUCUGAGACAAUCUACUACAAGUCAUACAGCAUCAUGAUUGACUUAAUACAAGUCUUUAGGGGAAGAGCAUAAUGGUAUUAAAGAUCACUGGCUAAGAUGCAUUUUUUUCUUGCAUAGUAAUGUUUUCUUGUAUGGAACAGUAUCUGCAUGGUAGCUGUCAAAAUAAUUAGUAAGAAUCCACUAACAAAUGGGGUUGACUGACUCAGAGCAGCAAGCUAAUAACAAAUGAGACUCAGUGAACCCCAAGUGAACUUAGUCCGAUUUGUCAAGACAUAUUAAUGAUUUAAGACUACAAUAUUUUGUUAACAAAAUCAAUGACUAGUACUUUCCAGUACCAGUGUCAUUGCUUUUGCUUCAAAGCAUACAGAGAAUCUCAGUUCUGCAAUGAGCUUUGUGCCGUUUCAAAGGUUCAACCCUCCCACCUUCCACCUCAAAACUUGUUUCAUGCAAUAUCUUGGAAUUCUGAGCAUAGAUAAUAAAUACCUGUGGAUAGAAAUAUAGCUACCUGCUUGGUGUUACUUUGAGAAACCUGUGGAACAGCUAUUUGAAAGAAAGGAAAACACUUUUUCAUCAAAUUCUGAUCCUACAUGCCCUUGCAGAUCUUGGUAACAGCACUGUGCUUGUCUAAUUGGAAGUCAAAUAUGUGUAUAUGAAAAUGAACAUUUUUAACAUCAGAACACAAUUUUCUCCUUGGUAGCAAUAAUAAUACUUCUUUAUCUAUAUUGGAGCUUGAGCAUAUCUAGAAAAGUGGUUCAACAACUCAAAGGAAAGAUUUCUUUCUCCCCCUUUCAAUUUUUGUAGAUUAGGAUAUUUCAGUCAGCACCUUGCAUCACAUGGAAUAUUAACUUGAUUGUUUGAUCAUUAGAGUAGUUUCUUAGCAUUAUGUAUUGAAAGAAUCACUUUAUUAUAUGAAAUUAUAUAUAUAUGAAAUAUAGACUAUGUUUUAAAAUGCCAGUUAACCUGCUUUGUAUUUCACAUAUUCAAUGGAAGAUAGGACACUUAUUCUGCACAGUGGUCUGACACUGUACAUUUCAUUUACUUCUUACUCUGCACUGUGCUUUUAUGGUCCAGCUGUAGAAAAAAGAUUAUUUAUACAAUUUCUUUCAAAACAAUAAUCAGAGCAUACUUCUAAUUUAGUAAUAACUGCAUAGUUUUGGGCUAGUAACAGCAUGAAUUUAUACUAGAAAACUGGAUUGAACUGUUUAGAUAGGAGUUAAUUUUCCAGAUCUAUAAAUUGAUGCAAGCAUCUUUACUUAAAAAAAAUAAAUUGUUUUUGUUAUUACAUUGAAACAGAUUUCUUGCACUGCCAUGUGGGAGAUUAGUUUCUUUAAUGAGAUUUCAGAAGUUAUGUCCAUACCAUGAUGGAAGUUAAACCUGUGGUAGCUAGUUUGGGGAUUUUUUUUUUUUGGGGGGGGGGGAAGUGAAGUUUUCAAUAUGCUAUAAAUUAUAGAAAUAUAAAUGUGGUUGAAAAAUCUAAUUCUGAAAGGCUGUGCUUGCUUGCCAUUUUUGUUUUCUUUUCCCUUAACACUGAGCUAAGUAACUGAUUCUCUUGUAUGUGGGACCAAACCUGCUGGCAAUUGGAGAAGCUGGAUUACUAAUUUGACUGGGGAAGGGAGAUGUUUAUUAUUCCUGUUAAACUGUAUUGACUCUGAAGCGUAUAUAUGUGCAGUAUUCACGUAAGUAUUAACCAUUUGUGACAUUAUUUUAACCUGUUAUGCUAAUGUUUACAUUAUAGAAUUUUGAACCAAAUGUGUCUGUAUAUAUAUAUAUAUAAAUUUUUUUUUUCUAAAUGCUUUCUUGUAUUUUUUUUAAAUAUCCUGUGGUAAUUUUGUUGUAAUCUGGUUGAAAUAUGCUACUUUACC